GCCAAUCUUUUCCCAUAUCUUCAAUUCAAACUUUCUGAUAUAGGAGAAGGAAUAGCAGAGGUGCAAAUCAAAGAAUGGCACGUUAAGGAAGGUGACACAGUUUCGCAGUUCGAUAAUUUAUGUGAGGUUCAAAGUGAUAAGGCAGCUGUUACAAUAACUAGCAGAUAUGAUGGAGUUAUUAAAAAACUGCAUUAUAAGGUCGAUGAUGUGGCCCGAGUAGGUCAACCAUUAGUGGAAAUUGAAGUCGACGAAGCAAUAGCCGCUGAGGAAACCUCCGAGGAGCCCAAGAAAGAUGAGAGUGAGGCGCCCAAAGCUGAAGCUCCCUCAGCGGCACCUACAACUGCCCCUAGAACCUCAUCCGACUCUGAAGCUCCAACACCUGCUUCACCUGGGAAAGUGCUUGCCACUCCGGCAGUUCGAAGAGUUGCUAUGGAGAACAAAGUCGACCUGAGGCAAGUGAAGGGAAGUGGGAGAGAUGGACGCGUGCUGAAAGAAGACGUUCUCAAAUUCCUUGGUCAAGUAAAAGAAGACUAUACUUCUGGUUCCACCAAUAUCCGGUACUCACCAGCGAUUGCAACUCAAGCUAAAGUGGUUAGGAUAUCUAGUGGUUUUCCUGCAUCUAUUCUAUUAUUUUCAUUUCUCGGUUUAGUUUUCUCCGUUGUCGGAGGACCGCGUUGUUCCAAUCCGUGGGUAUACUCGUGCAAUGAUCAAGACAAUGACGGAGGCGCUGAAAAUUCCCUCACUUUGGUUACGAUGAUGAGGUACGUCUGUGCGGAUGCGCUUAUUGCUGUGCGGAAGGAGCUGAAAGAACUUGCGAAAGAGCGCAAUGUAAAACUCAGCUACAUGCCUUUCUUCAUUAAGGCAGCGUCGUUGGCACUUCUUGAGUACCCAUCGCUCAAUGCAUCCGUUGACGAAAAACUUGAAAAUGUGAUCUACAAAGCAUCUCACAACAUCUGCCUCGCUAUGGACACACCUGGUGGUCUCGUUGUGCCAAACAUCAAGAAUUGCGAGCAGAGGUCGAUAUUGGAAAUUGCUGCCGAACUUCAGCGGUUACAGGAAGACGGCAAGCGUGAGCGGAUCGCCCGCGAGGAUUUGGCUGGUGGAACGUUUACCAUCAGCAACAUUGGAACGAUUGGUGGAACGUAUGUCAGCCCUGUGAUUUUCCCUCCACAAGUAGCAAUUGGUGCUUUGGGCAAAGUUGAAAAAUUGCCUCGAUACGAUGAGGAUGACAACCUUGUUCCGAUGAACAUGUUCAAAGUUUCGUGGUGUGCCGACCAUCGUGUUGUCGACGGCGCCACAAUGGCUCGCUUCAGCAACAGGUGGAAGUUCUACGUGGAGCACCCAUCAGCCAUGCUAGCGCAGUUGAAGUGA